CCUUAUAAACCUCCUUCAUCCAUUAAUUCCUACCUUCUCUUUCUUGUGUGUGCCAAAAAAGAGGGCCUUUCUUUGCCUUUCCACUCUCUCUCUCUCUCUCUCUCUCUUCACCGUGAAAUUAUGGCGAAGCUACUGCCGGUCUCCCUCCUCGUCGCUGCCCUCGCCGUCGUCGCCACCGCACUGGCCCCGGACGCGGCCAGUGGGGCCGCCGUGGAUCUCCCCCUCGGCUGGAUCCCCGCCCUUUCCGGCUGCCGCGGCACCAUUGCGGAGUGCCUCGCGGGCGAGGAGUUCGACCUCGGAUCGGAAGUCAGCCGCCGCGUCCUCGCCACCACCAACUACAUCAGCUACGGAGCCCUCAGGCGCGACACCGUCCCGUGCUCCCGUCGAGGCGCUUCCUAUUAUAACUGCCGCCCGGGCGGCCAGGCUAACCCCUACUCCCGCAGCUGCUCCGCCAUCACCCAGUGCCGAGGUUAGAUGUAUCCUUUGCAGAUCUAUGCUUUGGUGUGAGAAAACACCUUUUUAAUGAGGACAAAAAAGAGGAAUUUCGUAUGUGGUUUUGGUUGUUCUGUCGUAGUUUUGAAUAAUUGUUGCUGUAAUUGAUGAUGAUGUUGUUGUUCGAUUGGUGUUGUAAACAGGUCAUAUACGAUUCGUGUAAAAAAGAAACUAAUUUCCUUGGAAAUUUGAUGCUUGAAAAAGCUUGCCCACUUGCUACUUCUA